AUGAAGAUUCUCGUCGCCGUUAAACGUGUCGUCGAUUACGCCGUCAAGAUCCGUGUCAAACCCGAUAAGAGUGGUGUAGAUACCCAGAAUGUGAAGAUGUCGAUGAAUCCAUUCUGCGAGAUCGCACUCGAAGAAGCGCUUCGAAUCAAAGAAGCUGGUUUCGCUAAAGAGGUUAUAGCUGUGAGUAUCGGACCUUCACAGUGUGUGGACACGCUUCGUACUGGUUUAGCUAUGGGUGCAGAUCGAGGAAUCCAUGUGGAGUCGAAUUCGAAUUUUCUUCCUCUUACGAUUGCUAAGAUCUUGAAGAGUCUCGCUGAAGCUGAGAAUCCUGGAUUGAUUUUCCUCGGUAAACAAGCUAUAGAUGAUGACUGCAAUCAGACAGGACAAAUGGUUGCAGCUUUGCUUGGUUGGCCACAAGCAACCUUUGCAUCGAAGGUUGUGUUGGAUAAGGAUAAGCAUGUUGCAACCGUGGAUAGAGAAGUCGAUGGAGGUCUUGAGACUCUUAGCGUAGACUUACCCGCUGUGAUCACAACUGAUUUGAGGCUAAACCAACCAAGGUAUGCAACUCUCCCCAACAUUAUGAAGGCGAAAUCGAAGCCCGUAAAGAAAAUGACGGUGGAGGAUCUGAAAGUAGACAUUAAAUCGGACAUAGACAUUAUCGAAGUCACGGAGCCUCCAAAGAGGAAGUCCGGGGUUAUUGUUUCUUCAGUGGAUGAGUUAAUAGAUAAGCUCAAAAACGAAGCUCAUGUAGUUUGA